AACUCCCUGCAGACUGAAAACACAACACUGCGAUGGCAACCCCCCAGCGGACAACAACAACACCUACAGGGGCCCUUAGGUCGACACCCGCCCCGCGGCGGCCGCGCCAUGUCCAUGUAUGAGACCGGCUCUUCCCCGAGGCAGUGCCCCCACCGAGUGGAGGCGGCUCGGCAUGAGGACGGAGUCGUUUUACAACCCUUCCCUACCAACAUUGGGAGGGGUCCUUUGGGGACGGCUGCUUCCUCCCUCCCUACCUUCCCCUCUUCCCUGUCCUGGUCGUGGGACGAGCGAUCUCGAAGGGGCUGCAGUCUGGAAGGACAGAGUAUGAUGCUGGAGAACGAUUACGACACUACGCCCAACCACUCUGAAAUGGAGGAGGCUGGGUGAGAACAUUUGUUUUAACUUUAUACACAACUGUCCAAAUGUUUUCUCUGUGAUGGUUUGAACCAAUUUAUACAUUUUCAACACAAUAGAAAUCCAGGUUCUGGGAAUGGUGACAUCAUCGUAGCAGUGCUAUUCAAAAUUAAAGGUCACACAAAGAAAGAGGAGGAAGCUAGACUAAUAUUAGGUUUGACAGAUGUUUGAAAAGAGGCCUCGAUUUGAACAGUCAUCUCUCUUGCCUACUGGUUGAGUAGCUAUAUGGAUGAAGCUUGUUCUUGAAUACCGACUGUAGCACAUUAAAAGUUAAUUUUAUGUUGACUACUAUUAAAGAGUUUUUGUGCAGUUUUGGUUUUUCACAAGAGUUUGGUUCAUUCAGCACCUUAUAA